CCGCACCCGGCCCCGCACCCGGCCCCGCACCCGGCCCGGUACCCAGCCUCGCACCCGACCCCGCACCCGCAUCCGCACCCGCACCCGGCCCCGCACCCAGCCCCAUGAUGAACUUCCUGCGGCGCCGGCUGUCGGACAGCAGCUUCGUGGCCAACCUGCCCAACGGCUACCUGGGCGACCUGCAGCGGCCCCCGGCCCCCGCGGCCCCCGCGCCCCCCGCGGCCGCGCCCGGCUUCUUCAGCUCGCUGUCCCAGGCCGUGAAGCAGACGGCCGCCUCCGCCGGGCUGGUGGACGCCCCCGCGGGCCCCGCGACCCCCGCCCGCCGCGCCAAGCUGCUGCUGGUGGUGGACGAGCCUCACACCGACUGGGCCAAGUGCUUCCGGGGCAAAAAAGUCCUUGGCGAUUAUGACAUCAGAGUGGAACAGGUGGAAUUCUCGGAGCUCAACCUGGUGGCCCACGCUGACGGCACCUAUGCCGUGGACAUGCAGGUGCUCAGGAACGGCACCAAGGUGGUCCGGUCCUUCCGGCCCGACUUCGUGCUGGUGCGGCAACACGCCUUUGGCAUGGCUGAGAACGAGGACUUCCGCCACCUGGUCAUCGGCAUGCAGUACGCCGGCCUCCCCUGCGUCAACUCCCUGGACUCCAUUUACAACUUCUGUGACAAGCCCUGGGUGUUUGCCCAGAUGGUGGCCAUCCACAAGACCCUGGGUGGGGAGAAGUUCCCCCUCAUCGAGCAAACGUACUACCCCAACCACAAAGAGAUGCUCACCCUGCCCACUUUCCCCGUGGUGGUGAAGAUUGGCCACGCGCACUCGGGCAUGGGCAAGGUCAAAGUGGAGAACCACUACGACUUCCAGGACAUCGCCAGCGUGGUGGCCCUCACUCAGACCUACGCCACUGCCGAGCCCUUCAUCGACGCCAAGUAUGACAUCCGGGUGCAGAAGAUCGGCAACAACUACAAGGCCUACAUGCGGACCUCAAUCUCAGGGAACUGGAAGACCAACACGGGCUCUGCCAUGCUGGAGCAGAUUGCUAUGUCUGACAGGUACAAGCUGUGGGUGGACACCUGCUCAGAGAUGUUUGGCGGCCUGGACAUCUGUGCCGUCAAAGCCGUCCACGGCAAAGAUGGGAAGGACUACAUUUUCGAGGUCAUGGACUGCAGCAUGCCGCUGAUUGGAGAGCACCAGGUGGAGGACAGGCAGCUCAUCACUGAGCUGGUCAUCAGCAAAAUGAACCAGCUGCUGCCCAGGACACCGGCCAUGUCUCCUCAGAGGCCGCUGACCACCCAGCAGCCACAGAGCGGAGCACUGAAGGACCCGGACUCGAGCAAGACCCCCCCUCAGCGGCCAGCCCCCCAAGGGGGCCCUGGGCAGCCCCUAGGCAAGGUGCUGCCUUCACACCACCCUGGACCGUCACCAUCUUCCUCCUCCUCCUCCUCCUCUUCCUCCUCUUCCUCCUCUUCCUUGGCUCCACGGCCAGGCGGCCCCACCACCCACGGAGAGGCACCAUCCAACGGCAAGUCCCCGGGAGAGGCCCUGUCAUCCCCUGCGGCACCUCAGAAGCCCCAGCCUCACCCACAGCUCAACAAGUCGCAGUCCCUGACCAAUGCCUUCAGCUUCUCCGAGGCCUCCUUCUUCUGGUCUUCAGGCAGUGAGGAUGGAGCCAAGGCGGACACCAUCCGGAGCCUGAGGAAGUCCUUUGCCAGCAUCUUUUCAGAUUAGCCCUGCAGAUCCCAGCCCCCCCCCCCCAGCACUGGCCCACUCCACCAUGUGGUGCCGCUCAGAAAGGACCGUGGGAUGAGGGUCUCAGGGUGGUGUCCCCCCGGUGAGGGCCCCCAGCCCCCCACCCCCCCCCAGCUGCCUGCCCAUAGUCCUGGGAGCCAGCCCUCGUCUGCUGUGAGUUUAGUGGCCUUACUGUGUCGCGCCAAUGUGUCUUACUCUUCCUCGUGAACUCAGGAGCCCCUCCUGAGAUGUCCUAGUUGUUUGACCGAGCUCAGACGUAGAGCCCAGCAUGCACCCUCCCCACCUGCGGUCAGUGCCACCCUUGUGGGUACAUAGCGAUUCCCCAAGUGCCCCCAGCUCCAGGCAUCAAGAACGCAUCCACACCCAGGCCCUGGUCACCCUGUGUGGCCGCCUUGGACCCUGUGUACCUGACCUGGAUCUUGGUUCAACUGUAUAGCUGUCCUGGACCAUGAGUCACCUGUGUACCUGCUCUGGACACUGGGUCACCUGUGUACCUGCCCUGGGCCCUGGGUCACCUGUGUACCUGCCUUGGACCCUGGGUCACAGCACCCUGCCCUGGACCUUGGGUCACUCUGUAUAGCUGAUCAUAGAACCCUGCUCUGAACCCUGGAUUGCCCUGUGUAUCUGGUCAUAGCACCUUGCCCUGGACCCUGGGUCACCUGUGUAGUUGGUGACAGCACCCCUACCCCGACUGGAGAGGCACCCCAGGUCCCAGCGCCCAGGUCCCCUCUUCUGAGAUGGCCCUGUCUCUGCAGGGAGCCUGGAGCCAGGCCCUGAGUGUCUGCCACUGUCCCAGUCUGUGUCACCUCCCAAUACACGCAAAGAAAGCAGCAGCAUCAAAGGCCCCCGUGCUGCUCUCUGGGCUGUGGUGCCGGGGAGGGGGCGUCCGGGAGGACAGGGGUCUGCACCCAAGGGAGAGGGGCUUGUGGGAGUGUGAGCGUGUUUUCAGGAGGCCAAGGGUGUGGCUAUCCUCUGAUGGCCCUGAUGGAAGCUGGUCUCCCGGAUGCCCAGUCCAGUGAGCCCAUCUCCUGCCCGGGUUCUGAUCAGUGCUGGCUGGUCUGCCCACCUUGUGGAAUAAAUGUCACCUGUCUGGAGAA